GGCGCUAGGGCGGCAGAUAAGGCUGUUGCCAUGGUGAUGAAGGAGAUUCCGAGGGAGGAGUCUGCAGAGGAAAAGCCCCUCCUUACUAUGGCAUCACAGCUGGUGAAUGAGCAACAAGAAAGCAGACCACUUCUGAGCCCCUCCAUUGACGACUUUCUCUGUGAAACUAAACCAGAAGCUGUUGCAAGACCUGUAACAUCAAAUACUGCAGGUCUGGAUCUCUUGGAUCUUAGUGAACCUGUCUUACAAAGCCAAAACAAAGCAAAGAAAUCAGAAAAUCCAUCGAGAAGUGAAGGCUUAAAAGCUUCAAUCCACAGAAAGAAGACAGACAAUUCUGACCUUAUAAGCGUGGAUACUGAGCAGAAAGCCCAGACUGUCAGAGUUUCAGACAAGUCUUCACUAGAUUUAGUUGAUAUUCAGACACAGCUAGAGAAAUGGGAUGAUGUCAGUUUUCAUGGAGACAGGAGUAGCAAAGCCCACCCUUCUGCAGAGCGAACAUCAUCAUCAUCUAGAGCUCCAUCAAAAGAGCUUUUAUGGUCCACAGAAAACAGAUCACAGUCUGAGCUGAAUAAUGUCAAGAGUGCCUUGGAAUCCGAUUCAACAUCAGAAUUAGAACUUGCAUCUGCAACACAGGCACGAUCAACUAAGGAGCAGCGUUGGGGAGGGCCUUUACUCUCCAGAAAUCACUCUUUGGAGGAGGAAUUUGAGAGAGCAAAGGCAGCUGUUGAGUCAGACACAGAGUUUUGGGAUAAAAUGCAAGCAGAAUGGGAAGAAAUGGCUCGCAGAAACUGGAUUUCAGAGAACCAGGAAGCACCAGGACAAGUCACCAUCUCAACCAUUGAGAAGGGUUAUUAUUUUCAUACUGAGAAUCCCUUCAAAGACUGGCCUGGUGCUUUUGAGGAAGGACUGAAAAAAAUGAAAGAAGGUGACCUGCCGGUUACAAUCUUAUACCUGGAAGCUGCUAUUCUACAAGAACCCAAUGAUGCAGAGGCCUGGCAGUUCCUGGGUGUAACACAGGCCGAGAAUGAAAAUGAGCCGGCAGCCAUUGUCGCCCUCCAAAGGUGCUUGGAACUACAGCCGAACAACCUAAAAGCUCUGAUGGCCCUGGCUGUAAGUUAUACUAACACUGGUCAUCAACAAGAAGCCUAUCAAGCUCUAAGAAACUGGAUAAAGCAAAAUCCAAAAUACAAGUAUAUAGCUAAAAGCAAAAAAGGGUCCCCGGCACUUACCAGGAGAAUGUCUAAGGCAUCAGAUGAAAGCUCAUUACUUGAAGAAGUAAAGGAUUUGUAUCUGGAGGCUGCUCACCAGAAUGGUGAUAUGAUAGACCCUGACUUGCAGACAGGACUUGGAGUUCUUUUCCACCUGAAUGGAGAAUUUAACAGAGCAAUAGAUGCAUUUAGUGCUGCUUUAACUGUUCGACCAGAGGACUAUACACUAUGGAACCGUCUUGGAGCAACCUUGGCAAAUGGGGAUCGAAGCGAAGAAGCUGUCGAAGCCUAUACGCGUGCUUUAGAAAUUCAACCUGGCUUCAUUAGGUCCAGAUACAAUUUAGGGAUAAGCUGCAUCAACCUAGGGGCAUAUAGAGAGGCUGUCAGCAACUUUCUCACUGCUCUCUGUUUGCAAAGAAAGAGCAGAAAUCAACAACAGGUUCCCCAUCCUGCUCUAUCAGGCAAUAUUUGGGCAGCACUUCGAAUUGCUCUAUCUAUGAUGGACCAGCCAGAACUAUUUCAAGCUGCCAAUGUGGGUGAUCUAGACAUUCUGUUAAGAGCUUUUAAUCUAGAGCCAUAA